UCACCGCCCACCGCGGGGCGGGGCGGGCGCGAACAGCGCUAAAAUGGCGGCGUAGGCGCGGCGCUCGGCCCGGCCCGGCCCAGCCAUGAAGCUGAUCAUCCAGGAGACGUACGCCCAGGCGAGCGAGUGGGCCGCCAAAUACAUCCGCAACCGCAUCGUCCACUUCGCGCCCGGCCCCGGUCGCUUCUUCACGCUGGGGCUGCCCACAGGCAGCACGCCGCUGGGCUGCUACAGAAAGCUGGUGGAGUACUACAGAAAUGGGGACCUCUCCUUCAAGUACGUGAAAACCUUCAACAUGGACGAGUACGUAGGUCUCCCAAGGGACCAUCCAGAAAGUUACCACUCCUUCAUGUGGAAUAACUUCUUCAAGCAUGUUGAUAUCUCAGCAGAAAAUGUUCACAUUUUGGAUGGAAAUGCAGCUGACCUACAGGCAGAGUGUGACGCGUUUGAGGAUAAAAUCAAAGCAGCUGGAGGAAUUGAACUCUUUGUUGGAGGUAUUGGCCCCGAUGGUCACAUCGCCUUCAAUGAGCCUGGAUCAAGUUUGGUGUCCAGGACGCGAGUGAAGACCUUGGCUAUGGACACUAUACUGGCUAAUGCCAGGUUUUUUGACGGUGACCUCUCAAAAGUCCCCACGAUGGCUUUGACAGUUGGAGUAGGCACUGUCAUGGAUGCCAGAGAGGUGAUGAUUCUCAUCACGGGAGCCCACAAAGCCUUUGCUUUGUACAAAGCCAUCGAGGAAGGUGUCAAUCACAUGUGGACAGUAUCUGCUUUCCAGCAGCACCCCCGGACCGUGUUUGUGUGCGAUGAGGACGCUACGCUGGAACUGAAAGUUAAGACAGUGAAGUACUUCAAAGGUUUAAUGCUGGUUCAUAACAAGCUCGUGGAACCCUUAUACAGCAUGAAGGAGACAGAAGCAGAAAGAAGCCAGCCUAAGAAGCCUUACAGUGAUUAAUCUCUCACUGUCUAGAGUAAUGCUGAGCCAUCUUUUUAUGUUGAAAACCAGCUGCAAGAGAAGGGAAUUGCUGCAGAAAUUCAUCUCGUCUUUGUACUUAAAUUAGCAAACACCUGCUUUAACUAACCAAAUGAGGACGUGAUCCAGUGUGCUGCGUUCCACAAAUUUCCACCAACGUAUUCCCUGAAGGUAAAACCAGUAGAGAAUUAGUUCUUUAAACAAAGAAGCAAUUAUAAUUGUGUGGACUGGAGGUACCAAAACAAAUGUGAAGAUGUGAAAACACACUGAGUGAUCACUUUGGAAUGUAUUCUUUGCAAUUCUGUCAAACACAUUUGUGUGUCACUGUCCCUCUAGAAAAUACUCCUCAGUUAUGCUCACUUAAAAUGGGAAUGGGUCUUGUUCAGCCUGGAGAAGGGAAAGUGGCAGCACAACUUAACAGCAGCCUGCUUCAUAACUAUGAGUAAGCCAUCUAGAAACAGAAACCAAGCACUCCACUGCAGUGCAUAGGAAGGAGACAAGGGACAGCGGGGCACAGUUUGAAACACGGUGCUUGCACUGGAUAUAAUGAAAAAGUUUCCUGGUGAGGACAGUCCAGGCAGAGGAGCAAGUUACACAGAGGCAGUGCAGUCUUUUUCCUAUAGAGGUUUUCGGGAUCGAAAUGGAUACAGCUCUGGCUGAACCCAGUGUGGAGCCAGAUGUUGGAUGUGAGAACAGCUCAGCAGAAGGGAUGCCUCAAGCAGCAGUUCCCAGUGCAGUGCCAUUAAUGCAGGUGAAUGGUUGGCUCAUGCAUCUAUGUGAUUUUCUUUGUUGCCACAGUUCUGAAAGAAGCCUUAAAGGUUCAGUUACAGGGUAUAAUUUUAUAUGUACUGGUGCCUUAUGAUCUACAGCAGGAUAGAUUUGUUCAGAUCAAGCAUAAAUUACUUCUGUUUGUGUUCCUCAAUGCUCUAUCACUUGUGUCAGGGCAGAGUCUGAGGCAGCACGUUCUCUCUCUCCAUUUCCCGUGCUCCCAGGAAAUGUCAGAUAAUCUUCAAGGGAAACAUUCUGUUCCCUCUGAGCUCAGUGUGUGCUUAAUUGCAGAAGCCCCAUAGAGGUGGGCAAGAGCCUGUACUGGCAAGACCCCACUUGGUUCUUCUAUGGUAAGAUUAAUACAAGAUCAAUGCAAGAUAACCCGGGAAGUAUGUGUUCUCUUUAUCCAAGAAUGUUGUGAGCUGUUAAUCUGUAACUUUCUACAGUAAAAGAAGUGUAAGUUUUUUUUUUCUAGCCA